CGUCAAGGAGCUUGGCCGAACUAGCAAAAAAUCCGAAGUAAAACAGUAGAGAUGUAUUGUCGAUGUGACUCUUUUUAUUGCUCUUUUUUUAAUCAAAUGAAACAAUAAAUUUCAAUUCUAAUGUGUAAAUAUAGUCAAAUUUGUUCAUCUCAUUAGUUAAUUUUACUAAUUAUUAUCAACUUUUCUUUUUUACCUAAACAAAGUUUAAGGCUAAAGUUGCCAGUUGCGUGUUGGCAGUCAAUAACAAGAGAUUAAAAGACUUUACGUUCAAAGCCAUGGAUUUACUAUUUUGUGUUGAUACGGAAUUACAAUCAAGUCCAAAUUGAAAUGACAAACUAUUGGAAUAUCAAGUGGUGUUUAUUAAUUCCUCUAAUUUUUGUAAUUGUGUUAAUAUGUGAAUCUAUCUCCUUUCAAUUGUCAUCUUCAUCUGUAUCUAACCCAUCAUCAUCAUUACUUUCUUCGGCAUCUCGCUUGUCAUCAUCUUCUUCUAUUUUUUCCACCUCACAUGAUGCUUCUUCUGUCAAGAAGGGCAAAAUUUGUAUCGGUACAAAUGGACGAAUGUCCGUUCCCUCUAACCGUGAACACCAUUACCAGAAUCUUAGGGAUAGAUACACCAAUUGUACGUAUGUUGACGGCAACCUAGAAUUAACAUGGCUUGAGGAUCUAGACCUGGACCUAAGCUUUCUCAAAGAUAUCCGUGAGGUAACAGGCUACGUGUUGAUCAGUCAGGUUCAUGUGAGACGUGUUGCCUUACCCAAUUUACAAAUCAUCCGAGGAAGAACACAUUUCAAGCUGAAUAUCCGUAGUGAAAAGUUUUCUCUUUUGGUAACUUUGUCUAAAAUGGAAAACUUGGAGUUACCAGCUUUACGAGAUAUUCUUGCUGGUGAUGUUGGUUUCUUUGAUAACUACAACCUUUGCCAUAUUAAAACAAUCAAUUGGGAAGAAAUUUUAACCGGACCCAAAGCGAAUACUGUAUAUUCAUAUAAUUUCACUCAUCCUGAACGUGUUUGUCCACCUUGCCAUUCUAUGUGUUCUGGAGGUUGUUGGGGUGAAGGUAUAGAGAAUUGUCAAAAAUUUAGUAAAAUAAAUUGUUCACCACAGUGCCAUUCUGGCAGAUGUUUCGGACCAGCUCCACGAGAAUGUUGUCACCUAUUCUGUGCUGGUGGUUGCACCGGUCCAACGCAAAGUGAUUGCCUUGCUUGCCGCAAUUUUUAUGAUGAUGGUGUUUGUAAACAAGAAUGCCCCCUCAUGAUGAGAUAUAAUCCAUCACUUUACAUCUGGGAACCAAACCCGGAAGGUAAAUAUGCUUAUGGAGCUACCUGUGUUAAAGAUUGUCCAGAACACUUGCUCAAAGACAAUGGAGCUUGUGUCCGGUCUUGUCCACCAAACAAAAAAAGCCAAGCAGGUGAAUGUGUCCCCUGUGAUGGACCCUGUCCUAAAGCCUGUGAAGGAGUUGAUAUCAUUCAUGCCAGUAACAUUGAAAAGUUCCGUGGUUGCACUGUUAUUGAAGGAUCUCUAACUAUUCUGGAAACAUCAUUCAAAGGAUACCAGGAAUUUUUUACUAAUCUUACCUUUGGGAAAAACAUACCUCCCCUGCAUCCCGAUAAACUUCAUAUCUUCAAUACUUUGAAAGAAGUUACAGGAUACAUAAACAUUCAAGCAUCUCACCCAGCAUUCACCAACCUAUCUUAUUUCAAAAAUUUGGAAAUUAUUGGUGGAAGACAAAAUACUGAAAUGUUUGCUGCCCUUUAUAUUGUCAAAACAUCAUUGGUUUCCCUGAAUCUUAGAUCACUGAAGAAAAUUCGUUCCGGUUCUGUUGCCAUUUUGGAAAACAAAGAACUCUGUUUUGCUAAUAGUAUUGAUUGGAAGAAAAUUUUACUUCAGAGUAAACAGUCAGUAUUUCUUGAAGGAAACGGAAACGAGUUGAAUUGCGCUGAUAAAAAAUUGGUUUGUGACCCGCAGUGUGGUCCCGAUGGUUGCUGGGGUCGAGGUCCAGAUGAAUGUUUAUCAUGUCGCUCAUAUCGUUUAACAGAUACCUGUAUAAAUGGAUGUAACUCAUCACUUGGAUUUUAUGAUGCUGGUAAUCAUAUCUGUAAGCAUUGUCAUGAGGAAUGUCUGGGUGAAUGUUAUGGUCCAGGAGCCAACAAUUGUUCCAAGUGUCGAAAUGUCAGAGAUGGACCUUACUGUGUAAAUAAAUGUCCAAUCUCUAAGUACAAUGAUUCAGGUGAAUGUAAACCGUGUCAUGAAAAUUGUAUUUCUGGUUGUACUGGGCCUGAAAAUCGUCCAGGACUUGGAGGAUGUAACUCCUGUGAACGAGCCAUCGUUUCUAUUGACAAUCCAGAUGUUGUUGAGAAAUGUCUUAAAGCUGACGAACCUUGUCCUGAUGGAUUUUACCAUGAAUACAUUGGAACCAGAGAAGAUGGCGGCUUGAAAUCAUUGUCUGGUAAAUCUGUUUGUCGUAAAUGUCACCAAAGAUGUAGAAACUGUACUGCUUAUGGUAUUCAUAAAUCAGUUUGCGAAUGUUUACAAUAUUCUUCGGCUGAGCAAUGUGAAGAUACUUGUCCACGAGAUCACUGGGCUGAUACAGCUAAUCAUGUGUGCUACAAGUGUGCCGAUGAAUGCCAAGGCUGUCACGGACCAACCAAUGGAGAUUGUUUAUCUUGUCGUAACUAUCGUGUCUACUGGGGUGAUGAUCAGAAGCGUUUCAAUUGUACUGCUACUUGUCCUGCUGAUAAGCCAUAUAAAGUUGUCGCCGUAAAUGUUGCCGAAGAUCCUUAUUGUUCUGAAGAAGAAGCUAAACCGUUCAUUCCUCCACCUAAAGAUUCCAACACAGCAAUGAUAGUUGGUGUUAUAGCAAUCACAGUUUUAUGUCUUGGAUUUUUCCUUGCCUUUUUCAGCUACCAGGGUCUUCAAAAAGCACGAACAAAGGAAAAGACUAUGCAACUCACGAUGCGAAUGUCCGGGUUCGAAGAUAAUGAGCCUCUUAAAUUGACUAAUGUUAGACCAAACUUGGCUAAACUCCGCAUUGUAAAAGAGGCAGAGCUUCGUAAAGGAGGUGUACUUGGCUGUGGUGCUUUUGGUAUGGUUCACAAAGGAGUUUGGGUCCCUGAAGGGGAAAAUGUAAAAAUUCCCGUUGCAAUCAAAAUUUUGAAAGAAGGCACUGCUCCAGAUACAAACAAAGAGUUUCUUGAAGAGGCUUACAUCAUGGCAUCAGUCGAUCAUCCUAAUUUACUUAAGCUUUUAGCUGUUUGUAUGACUUCACAACUCAUGUUGGUUACCCAACUUAUGCCUUUAGGAUGUCUUUUAGAUUAUGUGAAAACACACAAAGAUAAAAUUGGCUCAAAACCUUUAUUAAAUUGGUGCACUCAAAUUGCUAGAGGAAUGGCUUAUCUUGAGGAUAAACGAAUGGUUCACCGUGAUUUGGCUUUGAGAAACGUUCUUCUUCAAACUCCAGGAUGUGUAAAAAUUACAGAUUUUGGUUUAGCAAAACUAUUAGAUAUUAAUGAAGACGAAUAUAUCGCUGAAGGAGGCAAAAUGCCUAUUAAAUGGUUAGCUCUUGAAUGUAUCCACCAUCGAAUAUUUACUCAUAAAAGUGAUGUUUGGGCUUUUGGUAUUACUGUUUGGGAACUUUUAACAUAUGGCGGACGUCCAUAUGAAGGUGUAAAUGCUCGUGAAGUUCCAUCCCUUUUAGAUAAAGGUGAGCGACUUCCACAGCCCGCAAUUUGUACAAUAGAUGUUUACAUGAUCAUGAUUAAGUGUUGGAUGCUGGAUGCAGAGUCUCGUCCAUCCUUUAGAGACUUGGCUAUGGUGUUUGCCAAAAUGGCUGGUGAUCCUGGAAGAUAUCUCGUCAUUCCAGGAGACAAGUUUAUGAGACUUCCAAGCUACACUCAACAAGAUGAGAAAGAACUGAUAAUAAAUUUGUCCAAAGCAAUCGAAGGACCUGAAGUUAUAAUGGAUGCUGAAGAAUACUUGCAACCAAGUCGAUCAGAACACGAGGGUAACAGUGAGACACCUCCACCACCUACACCUAUUAAGAAAUUCAUGGAAGAUCGAGGGUUUGAAGGGGAUCCUCUUGGGAUGAUGAUGCCUUCCGCCCAGUCAGUUGUGGGCAAUCAUCACUCAAUAUAUUCAAAUAAUUACCCACAUCAUCAUCAUGCUCAUACUGGGUCCAUUGGUGGUGUGACAAAUAUAACAACUGCCAGCUUCUUAGAUGACACUGUUGAUUCAUGUAAAACACGAGCAAGCUCAAUUAUGUUUAACGGUGGAACUCUUCGAAGUAACGCUGAAUUAAGAAGCAAAUAUGCUGGUCUUGAUUGUGGCAAUAGUGGCCUGGAAAAUGGAAAUGGUUCAACUUUAUAUCCCUUAACUUCAACUAUGCAUCGCAGGGACAGCAGCCUUAUAUCUAGUCGAUUCUCAGCAGAACCUGUAAAAAUGCAUUCCAAAGAAUUUGAAAGUAUUGAUAACUUUAUGGCUGAUGGAAGCAACUUCUCUAAAGGUUGUGAUAUUCCAAUGAGCCUUCCAGUUGACGAAGAAGAUUAUUUAAUGCCUUCACCAGGUCUUCGCAACUCUCAAAAUUAUGUAGACUUAAUAGGUGAUGCUAAACUUUCAGAAAUGGGAACACUUAAAGCCAAAGAUCUCGAACAGUUUUGUAAUGUACCUGAUUUUGUACCAGUUGAUGGUCAUGGAAGAUUCGGGGUCGAUAAUCUAGAAUAUUACCGAAUGAGUUUCGAAGUACCGAAUGACUAUAUUAACACUAGGCCAUGUUACAUAGGUAACAAUUGUCUACCAGGAGUGCCACUCAACUCAAAUAGCAAUGGACCUUCUAAUGGUCAAGCCAUAAUAGGACCACCACCACCCACUCCAACAACAAUAAGCGGUGGAACAAUAUGCGGUGGUAUUGUGCCUAGUUCAGGUCCAGGAAGGCCUAAUAGUUCACCAUCUAAUGGCCCAUGUCAAAUGGGACCACCACCAACACCUGGACCGCAAUCUUCUUUGACCGGUCCUCAAGUUAUUCACAUAGUCAGUCGUAAAUUACAUUCUAGUGACGAGGAAAAUUCGGACGAUCAUGAAUAUUAUAAUGACAAUUAUUAUGAUAGCUCAGCACGUGAAUUGCAACCUCUUAAUCAACGACGCAACGAAACAACUGUAUGAUUUUUAUAAAUGAAUAUUUGUAAAUAUUUUGACAAAAAUACUAAAUUCAGUACCAACAUUUCAUACGAAAAUUAACAUUUGGACAUUGAUUUGGUGGUUUUACAUGAAAUGCAUAGCUUAUUAGCAGCAAAUUACAGCCAAACCUGCCUGCGGUAACAGGUUCAUCAAUAACAAUUCAAACACAAGUGCUUCUAGUAAUAACAAUGACAAUCCAUCCUUUAAUACUAGCCACAGACGUAGCAACUCAACAAAUGAACGUUUCAAAAUCAUGUAGAUCUUCAUCAACCUUGGUUUCGUGUUCUUGUGAAUGCCUAAGUAUCAAGAAGAUCAAGAAGGAAACGCUUUUUCGCACUUCCAAGUGUAAAAUCUUAAAAUAAUGUGCCAUAUUUUUAUUACAACCCCUACUAAAUAAGGCUGUGUUAAUCAAAUCGCUAUGCAACAUGUUCACUUUUUACUUAACUUGGUUAUUUGGUUCACAAUUAGUGCAAUGCAAUUAUAGUCAUUGCAGAUUUUUGAUAUGACUAAUUUUUAUGAAAAUGGUUUAAAUGAUCAUAUUGAUCAUGUGUCAAUCAAAUUACUGAGUAACUAAAUUUUUGCCCAAUCUCGGUGCAACUGUAUAAAGAAAUUUUGUAUAAUUUUUUAUUCUUACCCUUGAUCCUCAAUACGUGUGUCUUGUAAAUCUUUUGAUUGUUGCGUGUCCAAAGUCAUCAUCAUGCACCUCUCCAACAACUGCAUCAUAAAAAGCAUCAACAUAAUCAAUGAAUCACAUUUGGUCCACAUUUUAAUUGUUAAAGACAACAAUAAUGACAACUCAACCCUUAUCAAGAUGGAAAAGGCCGAAAGACGGAGAAAUAUGUUAUUAAGUCUUCUUGAUUUUUGUUGUUCAACUUUUAUGGUUAUCAUUUACUUCAACCAACUUGCAUCAAUCAUCAUUAUUAUCUACAUUAUUACAGCCAUCAUCGUCAUUUUAAGAGCAGCCAACAGGUUUUAUCCUUUAACAUGCGUUUCUGUUAUUCAUUUCAUUCAUCAAAAUAAUGACAAGAUUGAUCAAGAUCUGUUGAUAUUAAAUCGACUUACGUCCGUCAGAUAAUCACUGCAAUCUCUAUCAGCAGUAAUCUUUAACAAUUUAAUUUUGAUCUUCCAAUUCAAUGUUUCAUCUGACAACAUCAAAUUUCUUCCUGUCUUUACGUUUAAUCUAAUGAACAUCCUUUGGAUCAGCAGUAAACCAUAUUUGAGAAGACGCCACACUUUGAAAGGAUGAAAUUUAAUUGUACAAAAAUCAAUAUUUUAAAUAUGACAAAAUAUGUAAAUGUAAUUAAAAUUAACUUUUAAGUUGAA